AUUGUUUCCGGAACGUUCCAGCAAGACCCGUUUGCUGUCGAUGGCCAGAAGACAAGAUGUGUGUGGCGAGAUCUGGGCCGUUAGAACUCUGGAUUGUUCGAGAUACGAGUUCUAAUUCGUACAGUUGUAGCACUACUUGUUUGUCUCUUUCUGCUUUCGAUUAAGACAGCGCUGUGUGCUCUGUAUGGUUCAGGGGAGAGGAAGAAUUCAUCACGAAUCACAAAGGUAAACACUGGGCGCGAAAUUCCUGACAUCUUUGGCACUUUCUUUGCCGAACCCUGAAUAAAUCGCUCGCCUCCAUCGACCGUCACUCAGCUCACGCACGCACUCUCCAAGUCUCCAUUCCUGUCCAUUGUGUUGCUCGUCUCGUCUCCUUUGCGCGAUCUGACACGAAAAUCUCGUCGCUGACAAACGCCACCAUACAUACGUUCCCAUGGCGAUCAGCAGCAGAGCAGCAGCUUGUACCGCGCUCAGCAUCCCGAGCACCGCCGCCGCCGCGUCACUCUCGAGCGUCUCCGUGCACCGGAGAGCUCGGCCGAGGAAGGCGUUCGCAGCCGUGGCGCGCGCGACCAGCGCUGGCGGCGCGGUGCUGGACCCGCCGGCCUUCGACCAGUCCCAGCUCGACACCCUCCCCCCAGCACAAGAAGGAGGAGACACGGGGAGGCUCAAGGACCGCAAGGGCACCGGCAGCGGCGACAGCUACAAGGUGCUGCUCCUAGACGACCCGCGCCACACCGAGAAGCACGUGGAGACGGCGUUGCCGCAGGUGGUGCCGUCCGUGACGGCCGAGGCGGCGCGGCAGCUCUUCCACGAGUCCCGGCAGAAAGGCGCCGCGCUGGUCAUCGUCGCCGUCAAGGAGCAUGCCGAGUUCUACGCGCAGAUGAUGGUCCGCCACGGGCUACGAUCUGCCAUCGAGCCCGAAUCCGACAUGGCAGCUUAACUUAACCGUGUUUUCAGAGACAAGAGCACCUGCCCAUUUUCGGCGCUGGGUUUUGGAGGACCGGAGGCGAUUUCAGCUAGUGCUAGUAUGUAAGCUCUGAGCAUUUAUGUAAUCACAUGUAACAUCAAGUAAGUGAAACCAACGAGAUUCAGACAUAGAAGCUCCGAGCACAUUUUUCCAUGGCGUUUCACGUCUGCCAGCCAGCGCGUCGAAAUGCAUGGUUCUGUCCAGUGACGCCAGCCACACAUCCCAGCAUGCGAUUUUCUGGGCGAAGGUAGUGCUUUAAACGCUCUUAUAGUAUUUUUU